GCGCUCCAUCUAAACGAACCGGAGCCGAACAUCCAUCGCCUCUUUGUUCCAAUUUCUGAAUUUUGUUUUGGAGUUGCAGAGUUCAGACUUUUCUCUAUAGUUAUAUAUCCCCAUUUUUUGCCUAAUUUCUUCUGGAAUUUACUGUCCAACUCCUGCGCUUGCCCAAGUGGUAUCCAUCUCUAGCACCUUUGGGAAUCUACCAGUUUUCAAAAUGGAAGAUCUUCCCUUGCUUGAUUUGUCUAUCGUCGAAAAGGAUCCCUAUCAGUGGAAACAAGUUUAUUGUACUUGGAUCCAUGAGGCUAGAGUUCAAUUUAACUCUCCCAUUCAUCAGAGAAAAUUUGUAGGCUCAGAUGGUGUGACUAAAAGCUUUUUGGUCUUACCACCAAUUCCCGAGAACCAAAUUCCUACUUUUAAGAUUGUUAGGGUUGUAACUAGCAAGUCAUCCAUUGCUCUUGGAAUAAAUUCCCACAACUUGAGAAUUUGUGCUUUUCAAGUUGAGGGACAUUGGUACGUGUUUAAAGAUGCCCCCGUAGGAGGACUUUCCCCAUAUACAUAUACCAAUGUCAUUGGGAAUUACAUGGAGCUUACACCGCUAAGUCGUCAACAUCCAUAUGGUGAUGCCCCCACAUUAAAAGAUGUCCACUUAUGUAGGGAAGCAAUUAUUACCGCAGUCAAUGUGAUUGCUUCUCCAUGGCAAGUUGAUGAACACGGAAUCGCCAUUAUUGAUGCACGAAAGGCGAAGGCUUCGAUUAUACUGUUUCAAAUGAUAUCAGAGUCCAUUCGUUUCCAUUCAGUAAGUGAGAUCAUGUCAGGUUUGGUGUUUGUAGCAUCUGAUCCGUUCCGCCACAACAAAAUUUGGAAGUAUCAAAACAGGUGGUGGCACGUUAGUGACGACAUUCAUGAACUUUUUGAUACCGAAGAGCAACCCCUCAGUGAAGAAGUGGUAGAUACACUUAGCAAAUAUGGCGAGACGUUCUGUGUGAUUAUGAGUGCUAUGGAACCUCAUGCCGGGUAUAUAAAGAGUGGAUGAUGCUUGGAGUUGAUCAUUUGGUUUCAAGAAAGUUCUAAGUGGAUCAUAUUGAAUCCAAAAACCAUUGAAGUGAGUCAUUCAAUGAUCUGAAAAGAGUUGUUAAUGGUGGAUGAGUGUCAUAAGUGGUCUUUAUGGAUGAGUGAAUCAAUUGUAUGAUCUUUCUUGGUUUUGCUUUUGUAGUUAAACUAACCAAGUUCAUCUUCUAUGGAGUAUUAUUAAUCAAUGUCAUCCUGUUCC